AUGGCAGAAUCCGACCCUAAUGCUUCCACAUUCCCCGCAAAGCCCACCCGCACCCGCACCUUCACACCCCUCGACCGUAUUCGCGAGCUCAACUCGAUCGACGCCUCAAUUCCGCAACUCCUCCAUGCGGCCGGCUCAGCCAUUCAAAUCCUCGGCUCUCAAUCCCCCUCCAAAGACCUUACAUCGUCAAAGUCACAGUUCCUCGACUCCAUAACCACCUACUUUACAACCUUAUCAUCCAUCGAUGUCCGACUGAGAAGACAGGUCUAUGCUCUGCAGGAGGCCGGGCUGAUUAAGGAGGGGGAUGCCAAGGAUGCGAAGAGGGGUGGUUCGGCGGCGGCAGCUGCUCUUCCGGGGAACGGGGCAGGAGCUGGAGGAGGGUUGGACGUGGGCUGGUUGAAUGGCGGGGGUGAUCAGGUGGAGAAGGAUAUGGAGAGGGAGGUUUGGAGGAGGGCUAGGGAGUUUUUGGAGACGUUGCGGGGACAAAAGACAAAUGAACAUGGAGCUACGGAGGAUGGGAAGACGGAGAAUGGUGCAGGGGAUGGACAGGAUGACAGAUUGCAAAAUAUGAAAGAGGAACAUGAUGUAGGAUGA